AUGAAGACGGGGGAGACGGGGUUUUUGGUGAAGUCGAAGAUCGCCCAGAAACACCUUUCAGACACAGACGCAUCAUACGCUCGCAGACAUCAUGCCGGUGACAUCAUCCAGAACCUGCAUGCCAGAAAUAUUUUUCCAAAGACAUUCUUGGGCUUCCCUGCUGACGAUCCUCUACCUCCUUUCCCUUGUGGGGUCAUCCCCAAUUCAGGUCUUAAAAUAAGGUCGAAGCCCACCAAAGGUGGCAAGAAGCCGGCUGCUCAUUUUGAAGUCGACUCUUACAAAGGAAACACUAUCCUCUGGAGGAACGACACCGACAACGCCUUCUUCCAGGGGGGUCUGUCGCUGAAGGACAAUAAAGUCUAUAUACCCGGUAACGGCCUGUACUAUGUCUACACCCAGGCCACCUUCCGCGGACGCAAAUGCCCAGCGCAGAGCUCCAUUUCUCACGCGGUGCUUCUCCAGUCUGGCCCGUACGGACAGGUCAUAAACCUGCUAAGCGCUCAGAAGACAGCUUGCGGGGAGCAGCCUACGGAGACGCCGAGCUCGGAUCACGGGAGGACUCAGCGGUGGAGCAGAUCCAUAUUUCAAGGAGGAAUAUUUGACCUUGAGAAGGGGGACUUGCUCUAUACCACAACCAAUGGGCAGGAAUACCUGAGCUGGACCUCCGGAGAGUCCUACCUAGGGGUGUAUGCGCUGUGAGAUACGGCUUGACAAUGUUCUUGCGCCGUACGCGUAUUUAUAUACAAAUAUUAUUUCACUAA